AUGGUGGCUCAGAUUUAUGAUGAGCUGUGUGAGCCAUGGCUAGGGGAACGAGUACCCUCCUGGGGACCAGCGAAAAAGAGCACUAGUAAAGGCUUUAUUCACUCUUGGACUGAUACCAUCUCAAAGGAUAUUGGCACAACUAGACAUUAUAUAACUUGCGACGGACACUACAACGGAGUCCAAUGUAUUGGGAGAUGGAAUCGACGAAGACGUGCGUAUUUUUCCCCGGGGCUCUAUUGCAUUUACGGCAGCUGGGUUACAUUCGACGGCAAAAUCAUCACCGAAACCAAGCCUGCACAGUCUAAGAUUUCCGAUGCCCCGAAAGGUAGAAAUCUGAAACGAUUGAGACGACUUUGGGGAAAGCAUGCACUAAGGUCAGAAACUGCUGAUGCUGAGCCCAGCCAGGGAAAUGACCAGUUCUCCGAUUUUGGAUUGUUGAAGGAAGAAGAGAUCGAAAAAGUAUACCUUAUGAUUAACAAAACUAUUCCGAAAUGCGUGAAUGCUGCCAAUGACGGCAAUCAACGAAAGUUUUUCGGUCGGGGUGAAGGCGGCUGGGAGGGGUUGACGACAUCAGGCAUAGUAGUGAAACGCGACACUGGAGCACGUGUCUUGGGUAACUAUAAAGAUUGUUGUCACACCGAGCCUGGUGGUCAUUUUCGUCGUGGUGACCUUGAAGCCUGGGCCACGUGGUGUUCGUGGUCGACCUUGUCGACUCGAGACGGCCGUUGGCGCCCAGGAUACCAUCUGGAGGUGCUCCUUUUGUAUCUUGCUACCAUAGUUGACUAUGGUGCCAAUCGUGAGCUCUGGCGUAAUCGAAACUUGCCAUGGGUUCUAGCGGCUAAAUGGGUGUGGCAGCAUACUCCUUGCGAUGUCCAUCAGCUCUUCGUCGACGGGAUCGUCGGAGAUGUAAAGGAGAUGGUCAGGCGCGAAGUAGAGCGCCUGGACAAUGUGCUUCCAAUAUCCUACCAACCUGACAAUAGCAAGAACCGCGAGACACAGUACGCUGCUAUGCGUGAUCGGUGCGGGGAAGCUGUCACACGGCAUCUCUGUGGACAACCCCUUAGCUCGGCUCGCGGCUAUAUAUCUGCAUGGGUUCAAAUUGUGCCUAACGAUAUUCAGGACUAUGAACGUGAUGUCCUAGGCGGAGAGACAAACAAUCUUGUCCGGGGUCUCACCAGUGAUCAACAGGUGGUGGACGCGGCAUAUAUGAUCCUACUGACCACUGAACGAGCAGUAGACGACGAGGACUAUGAUAUGGUAGAUCUCGUCCUCGGUACUGUGAGCUACUACCUGCAGCACUGGAGAUACAACGCCUCUAAGCAAUUCGAGCGGUACCAGGCCAUAAGCGUACGAGGUCGAAUGUUCGGAAAUCCCCCGGAAGUGAUGGAGCUGUUGCAGCUGGUUCAGCAGUUUUAUUCAGCAUCCAACGAUUUGGCAGACCCAUAUGGGAUGCUAUAUGACCGGCUGAGUGCAAAAUUGGAAACAUGCUAUUGGGGUUGCACUUGUGAUGAGAAGCCCAGUGGUCAUGAUAAUUGGGAGCUACUUGCCCAAAGUUUGGAUUAUCAGGAUGAGAAGCAGGAGGAGCGCAAGCUUAUGGCGUUGGCCGCCCUAUGCAUUGGAGCAAGUCACGGUGAUAUCAACUGUGAGUGUGGAAUGGAUCUAGCAUGUUACGAAGGAUUUGUUCGUUUCUUCCACCCUGACACCGGUUUGAUACCACGAAUGCACUACCGGACAAACAUCAAAAGCGCGAACAUUAUAGCCGAAUAG